AUGUCUCCAAUGGAGAUCCCGAAACUCCAUGAUUCAUCUCUCCCUGUGUUCUUGAUCCUGUGGUACAUGUUAUUAUACAUCUUGGGAUAUUUCAUACUCUUCAAGAAUUGGGAUAAAAGAUACAGACCUGAGGCUUCAAGCUGUCUCAUGUCCCUGGCUCAUGGCUCCCUUGCACCUGUUCUAUCGAUCUUUUCGAUCCUGCAGUCUCAGAAAAGCAUAACCAAAAUUGAUUUCACAUUUCCAAACACCCCAUUUCAAAACCUGGUUCUUGAGUACAGCAUUGCUUACUUCUGCACUGACCUGUUGCACUACAUGGUGUUCAAUCCCGGUGAUGUGCUCUUCAUUGCACACCAUCUGGGGACACUAUAUGUGCUGGCAACAUGCCGGUAUGUUAUCCAGCACGGGGCUGUGGCUAUUCUAGGUGUCCUAGUUUUGGCUGAGGUCACUUCUAUAUGUCAGAACACGUGGAGCCUAGCUCGACACCAGAAAGGCGAAUCAGCAAAGGCUGCCAGUGUGUUUGACUUCCUGUCACCUAUUUUCUACGCAUACUAUAGUGUGGUGAGGGGGAUUCUUGGGCCAAUGUUUGUUUGUGGGAUUGUUGGGGUCUUUUCUAGUGGUGCAGCUGACGGGGUGAUUCCCCGGUGGGCAUGGAUUUCUUGGAUAGUUGUGAUGGUAUCAGGAAUUGGGGCUAGCAUACUGUGGGUUGUGCAUCUGUGGAUUGACCUGUGCAGGCAGAUAUCCAAGAAAGAGCUAAAGAAGUCGAGUUAGGAAGUUUCUAAGACGGCGUAAAAAAGCUUUCGCACUGAAUGAUCGUUUGGUGGGACUUUGCUACUGAAGCUUCAAGAUACGAUUAGUAUAGAACACCUUCUCGGUGUCAUGGUUAAAAACCUAUAUUCGGAUGAUGGAAGCAGUUGAAGAGUCC